ACAAAUCAAGAUGACUUCGAGGAACUCGCUGGGUGCUCCGGUGGGAGGUUUUGGUACUGAGGUCAGAGGUUCACUAAGAGUGGAACGACCUCACUAUCCGCAAUGGAGACUUAAUGAAAAAGCAGAAUACUCAAAACCAAAGAGAAACAUAUGCAAAGAAGCGACAACAAAAUGUUGUGGAGGAGGUGUGUGGAAAACCCUUUCAAGCCUAAUUCCCAUCCUCAGUUGGUUGCCGAAGUACGACUUCAAGACUUUGCUGAUCGGCGAUAUUGUUUCCGGGGUCACAGUUGCCAUCAUGCACAUUCCACAAGGUAUGGGCUAUGCUUUGCUGGGAAAUCUACCACCCAUUGUUGGAAUAUAUACAGCCUUCUUUCCUGUAUUAAUAUAUUUUCUUCUGGGAACUGGGAGACAUAACUCAAUGGGGUCUUUCGCUGUAAUUUGUCUUAUGGUGGGUCAAAUUGUUCUCAAGUACAAAAGCGCAGAGUACAGCGAAGUAGAAAUCGCCGUUGCACUAUGUUUCAUGUGCGGGGUGUAUCAGCUUGCAAUGUAUUUUCUGAGACUAGGUGUAGUGACCUCAUUGCUCUCUGAAACUUUAAUUUCUGGAUUCACAACCGGCGCAGCUAUUCAUGUCUUAACUUCUCAAAUUAAUGGUUUGUUAGGUCUCAAAGGAGCCCCCGAAGACGAACCACAAUUUCAAGUCAUACACAGCUAUAUAGAUAUAUUCAGUAACGUACAAAAUCUUAAUUGGACAGCAGUAAUUAUAUCGUCGAUUACUAUAAUUAUUUUAUUGAUAAACAAUGAAAUAAUUAAGCCAAGAUUAGCAAAGGUUUGCAAAGUUCCUGUACCAAUUGAACUUAUAGUUGUCGUCAGUGGAACUUUAGCAUCACGAUAUGGAGAACUUCGUGAAAAAUAUCAUAUACCAACUGUUGGCGAAAUUCCUACUGGUUUACCAGAACCUACUGUUCCUUCAGCUGAUCUUAUGGGAAAAGUAGCGAUCGAUGCAAUCGCCAUCGCCGUGGUUUCAUAUGCGAUAUCGUUUUCCAUGGCUUUAAUAUUCGCCCAAAGAAUCGGCUACCGCGUUCACGCCAAUCAAGAACUUUUAGCUCAGGGCGUUGGUAAUGUGUUUGGUUCAUUUUUCGGAUGCAUGCCAUUUGCUGCCUCAAUUUCUCGAUCUACGAUUCAACAUUCUGUAGGAGGACAAACUCAACUUACAUCCUUGAUUUCUUGUUCCUUACUAGUGUUUGUACUCUUGUGGAUUGGCCCAUUUUUUGAACCAUUACCUAAGUGUGUUUUGGCAUCUAUAAUCGUCGUUGCACUAAAAGGAAUGUUGAAACAAGUUCUGGAAUUCCGAAGAUUUAUGAGAUACAGCUACAUUGAUGCAUUUGUUUGGAUGGCAACAUUUUUAACUGUGGUACUAGUCAGUAUUGACAUUGGUCUUUUUGUGGGAACUGGACUUUCCCUAAUGAGUUUAAUAAUUCGUGGAUUGAAACCAUAUGCAUGUUUAUUAGGCAAUGUACCUAAUACAGACUUAUAUCUGGACAUGACAAGAUAUAAAGGAACGGAACAUCCAAAAGGUGUUCGAGUAUUCCAUUAUUCUGGUGGUUUAAAUUUUGCAACAAAACAACAUUUCCGAUCGACUUUAUGUCGAAUGGUCGAUUGUGAUCCUUCCAAGAUUAAUUGCAAGAAAAAUGCCAUCAGUGAUAGUAAUAGUAAUAUAGAAUCUUCAGAUUGGAGGGAUCUCUCCUGCAUUGUGGUAGAUUUUUCUGCAGUCAUGUACAUCGAUCCAUCAGCUGCCAAAGAAUUAAAAGCUUUGUCAAAACAAUUUUCUGAAUGUGGAAUUUCUUUAUACUUGGCCAGCUGUCCAUGUAAUGUUUUUGAAACCAUACAAAAAUGUUGCAAUGCAGAUGAAGACUGUGUGGAGCUUUUUGUCAGCGUUCAUGAUGCUGUUCAUGCUGCCCAUAGACAACUAAAAACGGUAUCUGUUGAUAUUCAUUUGUAAUAUUUUUUAGAAUUAUUGUUUCAAUUGAGAACAAGCGUUAAUAUAUAUAGAUAUAUAUAUAUAUAUAUAUAUAUAUAUAUUCACA